GGCGCUGGUGAUGGAGGGGCAGAUCCUGAGGGGACCCGAGCUCCGCCCGGCGGGGCUUCCCGCUCAGCAGGACUGCAGCAUUCAAGAAAAAAUAGAUUUAGAAAUUCGAAUACGAGAAGGGGUAUGGAAACUUCUUUCUCUGAGCACUCAGAAAGACCAGAUUUUGCAUGCAGUUAAGAAUCUCAUGGUGUGCAAUGCUCGAAUAAUGGCUUACACAUUGGAGCUGCAGAAAUUAGAAGAGCAGAUUGCAAAUCAAACUGGAAGAUGUGAUGUGAAUUUUGAAAGUAAAGCACGAACAGCAUGUAAGGGAAAGAUUGCCAUAUCAGAUAUUCGUAUACCACUAAUGUGGAAAGACUCUGAUCACUUCAGCAAUAAAGAACGAUCACAGCACUAUGCCAUUUUUUGUUUAUUCAAAAUGGGAGCUGAAGUUUUUGAUACUGACAUGGUGAUUGUGGAUAAAACAAUCACAGAUAUAUGUUUUGAAAAUGUGACCAUAUUUAAUGAAGCAGGGCCAGACUUUCAGAUAAAGGUGGAAGUAUAUAGUUGCUGUACAGAAGACUCUUCUAUAAUCAACACACCAAAAAAAUUAGCUAAGAAACUGAAGACAUCUAUAAGCAAAGCUACAGGGAAGAAAAUAAGUUCAGUGCUUCAAGAAGAUCAUGAAAUGUGCUUGUCCUUCAGUUCUGCUAUUUAUGGUGCAAAGUACAGUUUGCUAGCUCAUACUACGCUGAGCUUGGAAAGUGCUGAGAAUAGCUUCAAGACCCAUAAUCUGUCUAUUAAUGGGGAUGAAGAGUCUUCAUUUUGGCUUCCCUUAUAUGGUAACAUGUGCUGCCGAUUAGUCGCCCAACCAGCUUGUAUGGCUGAGGAUGCGUUUGCAGGAUUUCUUAAUCAGCAGCAAAUGGUAGAAGGUCUGAUUAGUUGGAGAAGGUUGUAUUGUGUUUUAAGAGCGGGUAAACUCUAUUGUUUUUACACUCCAGAAGAAAUCGAAGGUAAAGUGGAACCAGCUUUGGUAGUGUCCAUUAACAAGGAAACCAGAAUUCGGGCAAUGGUUAAGGAUAAAAAGAAAAAAAUCCAUAAUUUCUCUGUCAUCAACCCUGUUGCUGGACAGGCUACAACUCAUAUUUUUGCAGCUGACAACAGAGAAGAUCUUCAGAAGUGGAUGGAAGCCUUCUGGCAGCAUCUCUUUGAUCUUAGCCAAUGGAAGCAUUGUUGUGAAGAACUUAUGAAAAUUGAGAGUAUGUCACCACGGAAACCACCUUUGUUCUUGACAAAAGAGGCAACCUCAGUCUACCAUGAUAUGAGCAUUGAUUCACCUAUAAAACUUGAAAGUUUAACUGAUAUAAUACAAAAAAAAAUUGAACAGACAAAUGGAGAGUUCCUUAUUGGUCAGCAUGAAGAAUCCUCACCACCUCUUUGGGCCACACUCUUUGAUGGUAAUCACCAAGUUGUCAUCAAGAAAAAGGUAUUCUCUCCUGCAAGCAAGGAGUUACAUGACGGGAAAGGGAAAAAGAGACGAGCUCCCCUUCCUCCUUCUGGUAAAGCUGCAUUCAGCUUAAAAACACAGAGCAACACAGAUCAAUUGGUUAAGGACAACUGGGAAAAAAAAAGUGUGUCUCAGACCUCGCCUUUGGAUACCAAAUUAUCAACCCUAAUACAUCACUUAGAGAAACCAAUGGCUGCUCCUCAAAAACUUCUUCCUGCCAGGAAAAAUCGUUUAACUGAUGGUGAGCACACAGACACUAAAACCAAUUUUGAAGCCAAGCCAGUGCCAGCUCCACGGCAGAAAUCUAUCAAAGACAUUUUGGACCCUAGAUCAUGGUUGUAGGCACACGUGUAGAAAACCCUUAAUGUCUAAGACAUUUAACAAAAUCUGUAACUGUGAGGCUUAAUUCAGAAGCACUGUAGAUGUAGUAAUAUGUAAUUAUGUAGGUAAAUAUGACAGUGAUUUACAUCAAUAAUUAAUAAGCUAUUAGGUGUAAAAAAUGUUUCAUAAUGAAGAAAUGGAUUUCUCUAGCAGAGUGCAGGAGGCAGUUUCUAGACAAUAUCCCAAUUGUUGGAAGGGUUAAUUUAUUCCUAAGUUAGUACCAGGCAGUGAACAAGCACUAGGCAGAAGAAAGCAUUAAAAUUUCUUUGGGGAGGGAUUGUCUAGUAAUUUAAAAUGUGUUAAAUAAGAGCCAUAUUCUCAUUGUGAGGAUUUUAAUACUAAUGGAAUGUUUCAAAAGUUUUAUUCAAACCACAAAUUAUAAAAUCCACCCAAGAAAAUUUCUUCUUAGCAUUCUGGAAUUCUCAUCUAAUGGUCCACUGGCUCUCAUCUAUUGUUUAAGUCACUAGUUAACUCAGUGACCUUUCAGAUUCCUGAGAUAAAUUUUGGAAUAUUAAAUUCUUCAUUUUUUAAGGGAAUAUGUAAUGUGCUGUUCAAAGUUGUUUCCUUGAUGAGCCCUGAAAUCCUGUUGACAUUAACUCUCAUAAAUAAAGCAAAACAUUUUUUAGUUUAAGGAACAGGUAGAUGAAAUGUACCUUACUUCCACUUUUCUAUGCAUGGUACUAAUUUCUAUUGUGACAUUGGCAUUUGGGGAAGUGAGUAGCUGAUUAACACCUUAAGAUUCAUUCAGUACUUAUUUAAAAAGCAGAUGGCUGAUUCAAAAUAUCAGAAAAGUUGGCCAUGAUAAUAAUUUUCAGAAUUAAUCCAUCUAAAAAAUUUUAAUUAGAUUUCCUUUUUCUAGUAAGGGUUCAUGUCUGCUACUGAUAUUUGUCAUUAAAAGUCAUACUCUUACAAUAAUGACAUUGGAAUCAUUUCCAUAGGAGGUAAUUUCCAUAGCAACUAAUCAUAGUGACACAAACAAGAUUAUGAAAUCAAGUGAUGAAUAAAUAGCAACAGAAUGAAUACCUCAAAGGAACAAAAAAAUCCAUUUUCUUAAUAAUUAUGCUUCUUAUAAACAACAGCUAGACAAUUUAAAAAAUCUAAUCAGAAUUUCCAAGUAAAAUAAAACAGUUUCCAUAAGGUGUCAGCAACAGCACUAAAAAUCUGAAAUCACACUGAACCCUAAACGUCAUUGCAACAAAUGAAAAUAUAAGAAUUAAAUUACUGCCCUGUGUAUAAUCUCUAGAGAUCUUUUUAAAGCUUGUAAGAACUCUAUUUGGAUCAGAACUACAUUAUUUCAAAGUAAAAUGAACACUUGACAAAAAAUAACAUUAAUUUAAAUGGAGCCUUUCAUUAUUUUUAGAUAGCAGAGUCUUUUUUCAUUUAUGUAGAAUGAUGUAACUGCCAGGUUACUUUUGUGUUUACCCAGGACUCCUAGUAAGAAUUGGGACUCAAGGGAGUAAUGAUACAAAAGGUCUCUUGUGACUGGCGACACCAGGAUAGACAUAGCAUUUGAUGAGAAGGAAAUCCUAUAUGCUUGCCUGAUAGAAUUUAGAGACAAUCAAGUGUAUGAAAACCGAAAAAGGUAGGAUUAAUUUGUUUUUUCUAACUAGAAGGCUCUCGUAAAUCUCGGUUGUGAUUGCCAAUUCAGUAAAUGACAUUAAAACUCUAACGGAUAUUAUUUUUGUUUAUUUUUUAAACCUCACUGCUGUUUUUGACAGCAUUUUGACUGUCGUUGCCACUAAAUUAUUGAGCUAGAAGAUGCUGCAGGAAAAAUUGUUUCUGAAACUGGCAUCUAAGCAUUCUUGUUUUUUUGGUUUUGUUUUUUUUUUUAGUUAAAGCCUUCCUUAGAACAAACCAGUGUUAAAACUUCCAAAUUAUAUUCUUGUCAUUUCUCCUUAUGUGUAUUAUAUCAAGAAGGAUUUAAGUUGUACAGGAAACAGAAUUUGUUCUUAGAGGAAUUACCUAGCAGUUGUGCCCUUAGUGGGCACUUUGACACAAGCCUGAAGCCCAUCUUCCUAGAAACAUUUAGGCGAAGCCUGACCAAGGACCACCUCCCCCCAAAAUUAUUUAGGCUGUUUCUGGGGUCCCAUCUUACUGUAUGUUACAAAACCUUUAAAAUCCGACUGUAGUCUUCGGCUGUACUUCUUUUGACAUGGUACUCAUUAGAUGUUAGUUCUCCCCACUCUCCACUCCCCUGGAAAGGUAUAAUAAAAAGUUAAGGAUCCUUCCCUCCUGCCCUC